AAGAAGGGAAAAGAGAUACAAUAAAUUACUCGUGCUCGCCGGGGAUCGGAAAGACUAGCGGUGGCAAUGAUUGAGCAUCGACGAGCGGCGGCUAUGGUAGUGGUAUCGACAAGCGCACUGCAGCUUUGGAAGCAAAGAAAUCGCCAUGGAUCUUUCUUCAUAGGAGACGGCAUCUGCAUCUCGGCGUAGGUCCAGCCGACAAAAUUGAAGUAUAGUACAACACUACAACAGACCACCCUCAUAUGGAUGGGCAAAUGGAGGUGGUAAAUCGGUGUGUCAAAACCUACUUGAGAUGCAUGACAGGGAGUAAGCCUAAAUAGUUGCCCAAAUGGCUUCCUUGGGCAGAAUAUUGGUACACCACCAAUUUCCAUUCUGCACUCAAAAUCACUCCUUAGAGGGCCCCAUAUGGGAAAAUCCUCUGGCAGUAAAACAAGGAAGAUGUCACCCUAACCGCCAUUGAAGUAGUGACUAAACUUACGACUGAGAGAAACUUAAUGAUAGCUAAACUGCAAGAUUAUUUAUCCAAGGCUCAAAACCUAAUGAAGAAACAACAGAAUCAAAAAAGGAGGACUGAAAAGUUUGAAGUGGGAAACCAGGUUUAUCUACAGAUUCAAAUUUACAAAUGAAGGAGUCUGGCAAAAAACUCAAUCAGAAACUAAACACCGGGUUUUAUGGGCCCUUUGAAGUAGUAGAGAAAAAAAAUCCAGUGGCAUACAAGUUAAAACUUCCUGAUCUGGUCUUCCACGUAUCGCUUCUGAAGAGGGCAUGGGCUCCCAAUAUUCGAAGUGAACCUCUUUCUGCAUAUUUGAAUGAAGAAUGGGGGUUGCAGGCGCAACGAGAGAAGAUCAAAGAUGGCAGAGUCAAUGAAGCAGGAGAACAUGAGAUCUUGAUUCACCAAAAGAGUUUACCAAAGUUCAAAUAUUUCUUGGAAGAGCUUCACAAUUUCCAAAAAAUCAUCUUUGAAUUCCACCUUGAGGACAAGGUGUUAAUCAAAGGGGGGUGAUGUUAGGACUUUGGGUGAUUUCAAUAUUAUUAAUCUUGAUGGGAAUUUCUAUGAAGUGUGUGUCAGGAGGGCUAGGGAUGAAAAGGGGAAAUGGGGUAUAACUAAUUAGCUAAGAAGGGGGUGAGAGGAGAUAGGUUGGUAUUCAGUUUGGACUUGUAGAGCGCGGCACUCUCAAAUUGCAUGGACUUAUU